AUGCUGCUGAAACCACUUCACUCACCGAAAUGCUCGUCAAUCUUCAUUUGCAAGAUGAUUCGCGUGCGCACUCGGCAGCUUUGGCUUCAAUUGAGGGAUCUCUCCGUUCAUCUGACCUCACUUUUCGCGAAAGGCCUAAGCCUCGAGGGACUCUUCAUGCUUACCGUUAAGCCAUUUACGUCACGAGUUUCGCCUCCCGUUGCGCAUGUGAUUGAAAUGAUUGCGGUCUACUUUCUUUUUCACAUCUUUGCGACUUUUGUCCUCAUCCUUGCCGGAAUUCAGAUCUUCGUUGGCAACACACGGCUGAAGGGACGCCGAAUCAUUCCGAUUUUACCCGACUUUGUGAAACCCAAAGAACAAUUUACGAUGUGGAUAGUGACAAUGGUUGCAAUGUUGCCCUUUGUGUCAAGGUUCGCAUUUUUGUGGCCGACACUUGCGUCGUUUACAAAUUUCUUCGGUCAAUGGGUUCCGACUCUUCGUCCUCAGAUUAACAUCAAGCCACAAGUGACAGUCAUGCCUCCAUCGAGUGCUUCGUCGAGCGCUCAAUCGUUGGUCUCGAUGCAAAUCAAAUCUGUGAAACCAGGACUCUCGCUCGGCCUGGAAGCAACUAACAAAAAAGUGGCCCAAAUGCUGAGAAAUGUGCAGAUGUACGCAGAUGGAGCAAUUGCGGCACAGCAAAUUACUAAUGCUAUCGCUGAACAGCCGGAUGAAAUCGACGAUUUCCAGGAUGCAAUCGAGGAGUUUGAGGGUGUUGAGGAGGCGGAUUUUGAGACUGCUUCAAUCGUCUCCGAUCGUCCCGCAAUGACAAUGGGAAGUGAUACCAGCGACACCGACAUGGAAUCCGAAAUC